AAUUCUCGAUUGGUAUACAAAAAACACGAAUAAAACUUAUAAAUCUUCCGAGGAUCCUGGCGUUAUAUCCGUGACCAAGAUUUAUAACUAUUAUAAGAAAUAUGGAUAUAGAACCAGUGUAAUGGGUGCAAGCUUUCGUAAUACUGAUGAAAUAGAAGAAUUGGCUGGUUGUGAUUACUUGACAAUCGGUCCUAAACUAUUAAAUCAGCUGCAAAACUCUUAUAAAAAGAUUGAAAGAAAAUUAAGUCCUGAUACUGCGUGUCAUUGUUUGGAAUCAAAAACUACUUAUGACGAGAAAGCUUUCAAAUGGAAACUGAAUGAGGAUGCAAUGGCUACUGAAAAGCUUGCUGAAGGUAUUAGGCAAUUUGCCAAAGACGGUAAAACCUUAAUGUCUAUGUUAAGGCAACGUUUGAUAAAUGAAGCUGCAAUGAUUAAUGAAGAUAUUAAACUGUUUGCUCAACCUUUUCAGGAGGUUAAA